CCUCGCCGCUCCCGCCCGGGAUGGACUGAGCCGCGCCAGCUGCCUGCCGGCGUCGAGACGUUACCGCCGGGCCGGGCUCGGGGCGAAGGACACCGCCUUGCCCGUCCCGCGCAGACGGCCCGGGACCGGCCACAGCGCCGAGGGGAUGUCCGGCGGCCGGAGGAGGGGCGGAGCCCCCUGGCACACCUUCUCCCGGUUCUUCGCGGCUCGGAGCCCUUCCCGGGACAAGGAAGAGGAAGAGGAGGAGAGGCCGGGCACGAGCCCGCCGCCCGCCUCGGGCCGGGGAGCUUCCAGUAUUGAAAAUGAGCCCAUGUGUACAAGUCAGAAGAAGGAAAAUGUACUUUCAUCAGAAGCUGUAAAGAUUCCCCAGAGUGAGAACAGGAGGAACCAAGCUGAGAAGCUAACCACUCAUCCAUCGCAGGAAGAUUCCAGAGAGCCAAGUGACUUUUCCAGUUCCACUGCAGGUACCAGAAGAGGAGAAAGCGAUAGACAGCCAAAGGAGAGCUUUUUUCAGUUUCUUGGUAACUUAUUCAAUAUCUCAGGGAAAUCAUCUGUUGGUGAAGCCAAGCAGCCUUCUCUGAAAGAUGAACAUGACAAAACUGAGAGAGGUUUACGAGAUCCCAGCGAGCAUCCUGGGGAAGGGAUCCGAGGAGAGAGGGAGAUUUUCAGUGGCUCCCUGGGAGCCAGUGUGCUUCCUGCACAACAAGAGUCCAGCUCAACAGAACACUCCUCAGAUGCCUUUUCUUUGAAUACAUCACAGGACAGUGAACAGGAAACCAGUGAUUUACUAAAACAAACAGAUGGUAAACCAGAGAGGCCUUCAGUAACAUAUGCAACGUAUCGAGGUCCCAGACAAAUGAAAUAUUCGAAGCCCCAAACUGCACUGGAAUCUGUGAAUCCCUUGAACAGAGAAAAUGAAAGUUGUGACUCUAGUACGAGUGCACAUGUUGGCCCUGGAAGUGAGGUUGAGGCUGCGAAGGAGUCGUCGUUGUCAUCAGCUGGCACAGACAGAUCUGUGAAAGGACAUUUGCUCAAAGGCCUGUUAGAAGACACUGAUUAUACUGACAUAAAUCUCAACACAGAAAGCCAUCGGGCAAACAAGUCAGAGUUGCCGAAUACUGCUUCUUCUAAGGAUGUUUUAAAUAAAAAUGAUCCUGGGGGAACUGAGAAAAUUAGGUCAUCCCCUUCUUCUGUGACUAACUCCAGCUCCACUCUUGGAGAAUCUGACUCACAGCAUUGCUUAAGCUGUGCACCCGUUUCUCAGACUGACAGAAAUUUGGUAGGUUCGGCAUUGUUCACAGAAAGUAACAGCAAAGUUCCUUGCAGUCCAGAUUUUCAGAGGAUAACGAUGACAGGAACUACAAUAAAAGCAAACAGCUCGGUGGCAAGUGGUAGGACUUUGUUGCGAGGAGAGGAGCAUGGUGAGCCCCAGUGCCCUGCCCCCUGUGACUUCUCUUGCUCUGAGUCUGGUGGGAGUGACACUGCCAAACAGGGAAGUGUACAUUUGUCAAGUCCAAAUAAAUCAGUUAGGCCUGAAGAUUUGCAAUUGCCAGAGAGUAAGUGUUCUGAGAGGCAAACUGUAGAUAACUCACUAAACCAGGUUGCCAGUCACAGCAGCACCACUGCCCCCCAGAGUCAUUCUGUGACAGACAAAGAACUUGUAAAAGAAGAAUGUCAGCUGUCUGUCCGAGACUCACAGAAGAAUUUGGAUCUUACAGAAAUCAGGCAAGAAACAGAAAGGACCCCAGUUGGUGAACCCCUAACUUCCAGUUAUGUAAGAGCUACAGAAGAGAGAACUGAAUCAUUACCCAAAGAUACUGACCAGGUGUUUAUAACAGAAGCCAAAAAGCUUGAUUUUAAGCCAUAUGGCAAAAUGCCUCCUGUUAUUGAAAUAAAUCAAAAGGACCCUUCCUCUGUAAAACACACCAGUGAAUCAGCAGGGGUAUCAUGUUUUAAAAAUAAUAUAGCACCUAAACUGAAUUUUGGACUAAAUACAAAUUACAUUUCAGAAUCCCUUCUUGACUCUGAGAGCCUUCAGCUAGCCAGAGUAUCACCUGAUGCCAGAACAUCUCUUACACUUGACUGUAGAAAAUCAAAUUUUGAUAUUUCAUCAUCUCCUACCUUUGUUUCUGGAGUUGGCAUGCUGGGCAAGUUGGAUAUUCCAGUUUUAAAGAAUGAAGGUUCUUCUCUGCUCAUUGAAACCACAAAUGUCAAUUCUGCUGGUAUUUCCAAACAGCCUUGUAAGUGUCAGGAGGAAAAUAUGGCAAAGCAUGCUGAAGCUGCAGACAGGACUACUCCUGCUUGCCUUCACCUCACACAUGCAUCUACAAUUCCUGAAUCCAAGGAAGUUCUUCCUGAUAGUGAAAAAUGCCAAGUUCCACUAGAUCUUAAAGCCAGUGACAUCCAUGUAACUGGAGUGGACUCAAGAUUUGAGUCUGAAAUCUCAAAGGAUCAUAGUUCUGUUUCAUCUCAAGACACUAAUAAAGCAGAGUUAAUAUUUUCAAACACAAAAGCAAGUAAGAGCACCAUAGAGAAGUGUGAUUCUCUUUCCUUGGAAAUCAAAACUCAUGGCGUUGCUAACAUUCCAUCAGAAGUAAAAGUUGAUGGUCAGAAUAGUUUUCCUGUUGAGUCUCAUUCUGGAAGAGGAGAGGCUAUAGCCCUCUCCAAGCUGCCUGUUUCCCAAACAGAGCCCGGAGACAUUUCUCCUCAGGAUAAAAUUUCUUCUCCAUUUGAAAUCACAGAUGUACCAGGACAGCCUGUUUUAUCAGAAUUAACUUCCCUAGAAGUUGAACAAGACAAAGGCUUUCAAUCACUGGGUCAUAAAGACAUUAAAGAAAAAUAUCCAAACUGCCAAACUGAGGUUUCUCCUCCUGCCCCCCCAUAUCAGAGUAUACAGGUAGCAGAGAGAGAAGCCUCAGGUUAUCUUCCUGCUUUUCUCAAAAGUAAUAUAUUUGGGAAUUUACCUCCUGUUUAUGAUGAAAAAGUCAAUAGACAAAUGGCACAAAAGUUGGAAGCCAACACCUGUGUGAUUUGUCAACCUUCAGAUAUUUGUGAGACUAAAAGGAUUUCUGGCCUCUCAGAAAUGGCAGAACUCAACUUAAGUAAUAUUUCUCCAAAAUUCCAAGAAACUGACAGCACAAAAGUAAAUUUACCUUUUUUGGGUUCUGAUUUCAGUUUGGAAAGAAAUACUUUUGCAUCUGAGGAUUCAAGUUUUCAUAAUGUUCCUUCUGUGCUGAAAUCAGAAAAGAAAGCCUUGUCUCACGGAAAGAAAGAGAACACUCAGUUCCUAAGUGGUGGUAUUGAUAGCUCAUCUUCUUCCUCUAGUAACUCUGAUGAAGUUAGCAUGGUUACAAGUCCACAUAAUUCCCAAAAUAUGUUUGUUUCUGCAAAAGUUGCCAUAGAUGUCACUCAUGAAGGUGCCUCCUUAACUAAAUUGAUAUACCCUAAUAGCCCUUAUUUGGAAUUUGAAACAUCUUUCUCAACAGGUGCAGAAGUGACCCCAUUUCAGGAACAUUUUGGGAAUCAUACUGGGAAGGUACCUCUUGAUUUCUCAACUGCUGUCCAGUUUGCCAAUCACAUGGAAGAAGGGACUGGAGCAGUUGCUAAGGCCCCAGCAUCAGUUAAUAGCUCCAGCCAGCAGUGUUCUGAAGUAACUGCUGAGCACACAGAAUCAAGGAGAAGAGCAUGUGACCAGCUUGUGGACCUCAGCAGUGGUUUACUUAGAAAGGCCGAUACAUUAAUAAGUGAGAUUUUUAACUCUGUCAGGGAAGAACUAAAAUCCAAAUACACAGUUGAUACCUGCCAGGAACAUACAGCCUUUGACAGCGUAAUGAAUCCAGGAACCCUGAAAAAAGACAUUAUUGAGCAAAACUCAUCAGAAACAACUUUGACAGAGAUCCAGUUGUCAGAACAUUUGGAAAAGCAGGAGCUGGAAAACAUGUCAGAAGUCCAAGGAGAAGAAAAGGCUUGUGUUUCACCUACAACUGGUGAGAAGAGUCUCCUGUUUGCUUCUGAUAGAAGGAAUGUACCUUGUUUGUUAGAAGAUCGAGCUAGGGAAUUAGUCGAUGAGAUUAUUUAUUCAGCCCAAGAAAUGUUGACAGAAGGUGCUUUUGAAGCUACUGAGGAUACCUGGGAUUCUGAACUUCAGGCUAAUACUUCAGAAAUUCUGAAGAAUGCUAGUGUUAUGCCGCCAGACACAGUAAGAAAGUUCUUGGUGUCAGAGCAGGCAGUAAAUCAAGGCAUGUGUGAAAUUAGUGAAAAUAAGGUAUUGCAUAGAUUCAUCUCUCUAAGUAACUUGGUUCAUGACACAGAGUUGAUUAAAGGGAGAGAAAUUGUUCUGUACCAAAAAUCCCCAUUUCUUGUAAGUGGAGCUGGAAAGUCUGAUAGUAUAAAUUUGCAGGAGUCAGAGACUGUUUUACUAGCCAAAGAGAUACCCCACAAAGGGUUUGAUGAUAAGGUAAAAGCACAUUCAUUUCUCAAAGAGGACUUAAAGGAGAAAAAGGAAAUCGAGUGUGUGGGUAAUCACAAAACCGCGACAGAGGAUAUAAGGACUCUUGUGUUAAAUUUCAAAUGGCCUCUACUUGCAAAUGAUGACAUACAUGUACCUGGGACUUCCAAAAGCAGUUUGUGUGAUAGUCUUGUAGAUAUAUCUGAAAAAAGCAUUCCAGGACACAGUAAUAAAAGAAUACCCCUUGCAAUGUCAGAAAUAGGGAAUAUACACAAGAAGGAUACUGAAGUAAACAAAGGAAAAAUCAAGCACAUACCUUCCAUGUUAGAAAUGGGGAAAACAAACAAAAAGGAUGCUGAAUUGAAUAUUAUGAAAUAUGAUACUGUUCCUCUUAUGUCAGAAAUGGGAAAAACACAUAAAAAAGAUGCUAAAUUGGGUAUCAAAAAAACUGAGCCAAUGACUGACAUUUUUAAAAUGGAAGCAGUGUUUCAAAUGGAUGCUGAGAGAGAUACUGAAAAAACUGAGGGACUACUUGCCAUUUUAGAAGUGGAAAAAGCUUUUAAAAUGAGGGACACCGAAGGGAAUAUUGACAAAGCUGACAUCAUACCAAUUAUGUCAGAAGUGAAAAGUAUCUACCAAAGAGAUGCUGAGGGAAUUCCUGGAAAGGCCGAAGUGAUUACUGCUACAUUAGAAAUGGGAAAUAUUUACCAAAAGGAUGUUGAAGGGGACAUUGCAAAGACAGAGGCGACACCUGUUACAUUAGAAAUGGAAAGUAUUUACCAAAAACAUGCUAAAGGAGAUGUUGGCAAAACCAGGGUGACGUCAGUUAUAUCAGAAAUGGAAAAUAUCUACCGAAAAGGCGCUGAAGGAAUUACUGAAAAGACUGAAAUGAUACCUGCUACGUUAGAAGAUAUUUACCCAGAGGACACUGAGAGAAACAUUAUAGAGACUGAGGUGACACCUAUCAUGUUAGAAAUGGAAGAUACUUACCCAAAGGAUGCUGAGAAGGAUAUUUUAGAGACUGAGGUGACACCUGUCAUGUUAGAAAUGGAAGGUGUUUGCCCAAAGGAUGCUGAUGGAGAUAGGUUCAAGCCUGAGGUUUCGCCCAUUAUGUCAGAAGUGGCAAAUAUCUACCCAAGAGAUGCAGAGGGGAUCAUGACCACUGGAGAGGGUGAAAGAGCUGUGUUAGGAAUGGAAAGCGUGCACCAAAAGAACAUGGAAGUGGGCAGGACAGCUGAAAGGGUACCUUUUGUGUCACAAGUGAAAGAAGCACACGAGAAGGUGGUACAUGUCUCCUCAGAGAUGGAAAAAGCAUGCCAGAGAGAGACUGAAGAGACAGUUGGAAUGGUGAUGUCCAUGCCCUCUGUGAGAGAAAUGGAAAGAACAUCGCCAGAAGAUUCUGAUGGCACCAUCAGGAAACACACGGUGUUGGCUACAAUGGUAAAUGUUGAGAAGGCAUAUAGAACAGUUGUGCGAUUGCCCGUCACAGAAGCGGAGACUGUGUGUCCCGCGUUUGCAGCUGAGAAUGCACCCCCGUGCUGCCCUGAAGGGAGUGUUGGAGGAGUGGAGAAAGAGCCCACUGAGACUGAGGAAGGCUUGAUAACUUGUGACAGUAGGCUUGCCUCCUAUUUCAGGGGGUAUGAAUCGCCUACAUUAAGUAGGGACUAUGAGGGCUACCCAGCCUUAGCAGUGCCAGACUUUAAACCUGAGGAUUCCAUAAGAAGGCCAGACAAGAGAACGUCUGUUAUGACAGUAAAUAACAAGAGAAGGGAUUUUGAUUAUGGCGAUGAAAACGAAGACUCUAACUUAGCCUUCAUUUCUCAGGAUGAACAAGAAAAUUCAUCUUUUACUAUAUUAUAUGAAGAACCUCUUGAGGAUGAGGACAAGUAUGCUAUGGCAGAAGUAGGAACACAUUCACUCACAUUCUCUGAUGCAUCUGUGGAUAGCAUGCCUGUUCUCACAUAUGAAAGGUCUGAGAGUAGAACAGACCUCGUCUAUCAUUUUGAAAAUGAUAUUAAAUCAGGUGAGACAUUUGAUAGUGAUAGUUCAGAAAUGUUAUCAGUGGAGGCCAAAAGGUACAAAAUUUAUCCCUUAGCUUUGUCUCCCAUUUAUGAGGAUGACAGCUCUCAGGAGGACGUUCUCUCCUGUGAGGCCUCACCUGGCCAUUAUGGCUCCACAAAAUCAAGAGAGAGUGCAAGCCAGCCCUCUUCUGUGUUAUCACUUCUGCAGUCCGUAUCAGAGCGCUUAAAGAUGAAUUUUGAUGAAGACAGACAGGAGGUAGGGGAAGAGGAGGAGGAGGAAGACGAGCCAUUGUAUAAAGGAAGCGUAAGAGCUAGAAGGAGGCAAACUGUUACCUCCCAGCUGCCAGAUCCUUCCACCACAUUUUAUCCUGAUGAUAACCAGGAAAGGACUGGAAUUUCUAAGAAUUCAUGUGUAAUGUCAAGUGAACCUGCUACCUCCAGUCCGCAGAUUGGUCUGUGGCCAGUAAAGGCCUCAGUUCUACAAGAAUCUGACCUUGCUUCUAAACUACAUUCUUCUUUAAAGAGUGCUUACCAUCAGUAUUUACAGACUUCCAAAACCCAUUUCUCUGAAAAAGGAGCCAGAUUUGGUGGGAUUUUUCAGGAACCAGGAUCAAAAUAUUUCUGUACUCAAGACAACUCAGACAGAUUAAACCCAUUCACAGAGAACAUUGACAGACAAACUCUGAAGUGUAAUCCAAGACCAGGGAAGAUGGUUAUCUAUGAUCUCCGUGGAAGUAAAUGUAAGCAAGAGAUCUACUGUGACAUUCCCGAAGCUACAGCAUGGUCCUUUCCGAAUGGGGUACUAAUAAAAGUUGUAAGGGGCUGCUGGAUUUUAUAUGAGAAACCACAUUUCCAAGGUCAGAAAUGUGUUUUAGAAGAAGGGGAAAAGGUGUUCAAUCAUGACUGGAUCCUUCAGAACAGAAAGCAUCCACAAAGAAACUUUCUACUGGGUUCUAUCAAACGUGUCUUAAAGGAUUGCAGCAUUCCAGAGAUAGAACUUUGCCCACAGUCUGACCCAACAUGUUGUCCUAUCUACAUACAUCGCGCAGUCCCCAAUUUGGAAGAGCUAAAUAUCCCCAAAUCUGUGUCCUUCACUGUGAACUCCGGCAUUUGGCUUGCUUACCCAGGUAUUAAUUUUAAGGGGCAAGCUACAGUUUUAGAGGAAGACCAUGGGCUCUUUGAGAUUUCUGCAGCAGAAAUGAAGUCAUUGCAUCCACUUCAGAUGGGUGGACUAAAAGUGGAAAUGCCUAUGAACUUAAAGGUUAUUAUUUUUGAAAAACCACACUUCUGUGGACAGGCCAAAGACUUCAGUGAACAUAUAGAUUCUGUCCCUAAUUUUUUUAAAAAUGAUGGUGAUUUUCAUGGAAUUGGAUCAAUUCGUGUUAUCGGUGGAGUGUGGGUUGCCUAUGAAAAAGAACAUUUUAAAGGCCAGCAAUUCUUGCUUGAAGAAGGAGAUUUUGAAGACAGUAAUGCCUGUAGGGCAUUAAGUGGCCCCAUUUUGUCUUUCCGGUACUUACAAGCUAAUUUUAUAGAAUCUUCUGUCACACUUUUUGAAUCUGACCUAGAAAGUGGGAAGUUUAUUGACAUUACAAAUCAGGAAAUUUCUGACUUAGAAGAAACCAGCUUUGGCAGUGAAACAAGAUCCAUCCAUGUUAAAAGUGGCGUAUGGGUUGCUUACCAGCAGAAGUUCUUCUGUGGAGAACAAUACAUUUUAGAGAAAGGGAAAUACAAAUGCUUUUUUGACUGGGGAGGAUCAGAUAAUAUAAUCAUGUCAAUACGACCUAUCCAACUGGAACCGCUUGGGAUAAAUGAGCCUCCACAUUUGCUCAAGUCAUUCAGUAAACCAGGGUUCCAAGGCAAAUGUGUAGAUUUCACAGAAGAAAUUUCAGAUUUGACUUCAUUCACACCAUGUUCUUUUAAAGUUCUUCGAGGUUGCUGGCUCCUGUAUUACCAAGAGGACAUGUGUAGUGAUCAGUGUGUGCUAGAAGAAGGCCUCUAUGCUGACCUUACUUCUUGUGGCUGCCCAGCAUCUAAAGUCAAAUCCCUCAAGCCCAUUGACUAUGUUUUUGAAGAACCUUCCAUUAGCCUUUUUGCUCUGGAACAUUGUGAGGGAAGAGAGUUACAUCUAGAAGAGGCUGUGAACUCUGUUCUGAACAAGGAUCUGCACUUCUACACCCAGUCCGUGUGGGUAAAAAGUGGACUGUGGAUAGCUUAUGAAGGAUCCAAUUUCUUGGGACGACAAAUCCUUCUUGAGCCUAAUGAAAUUCCAAUUUGGACAUCAUUCAGUGGAUGGAAAACAAUUGGUUCCCUCCGUCCUAUGAAGCAGAAACACUUUCUCAUCAAUUCCAGAAACCGUCCUUUAAGGUAAGAGUUACCCCAUUUUCUAGACAUGGAAGUUAAGUCUCAGAGAGGGAAAGCAAAUUGGCAGAAGUCAUCUACAUGUCAGAAGCAGUAUUUGAACCCACUUACUUCUGUCAUGCCCUAAAAUUUGUGUUCUUAAACAGUCACACCCUACUUUCCUCUAAAAUAAGAUCAUUUACAGAGUGGCACCAUAUAUUCCAGGCCCUGAGCUGAGUGAUGUAAGUACUGAGGCUCUGAUGCUCAGAGAGGACAUACUGUUAAGCAACAGGAGCCCACUAAGAAUUAACCCGACUGGUCUGCUGCCCCCUUCUCAUGCGUGCACACCGCACUCCUGCCUGCCGCUCUGCCCCUGUUGGCCCACAUCCUGAUUCUGCUGCUGCGACCAGUGACUUGAUGACUCAUUGUCUCUUGGCACCUCAGAAUCCUCUCUGGUGAAACUGAUCACACUGCUUACUUCUCAUAUCAGGAGGAUUAAGUAAGAUGAUGUGUGUAAAGAGUCGGAUACAACAUGGUUCAUGUUAAUAUGAUAGCACUUAUUUCUAAAGUUUAUCAUUCACGGUGUCUCUUGAGAGAACCAGAGAAUGCUCUUCUGAAGGGUCCUGCACAUUAGUGGGCUUUCCUGGCACAGAGAGUGUGGUGCCAGAUUUCCUCACAUUCACAUCUGGCUUAUUCCUCACUCCUGUCGCAUGGGGUGAUGGAAAUCCCAUUGAAAAGCCAUGGGAAACAGCAAGGCAGAAGUGGGAAUUGAGUGUAGCUGUUCCUACACAAUGCUUAAUCCUCUGUUGUUAGAAACUUGCAAGCCAAGUCAGACACUUAAGAAUGUUGCCCUCAGUUUUGAAAGGUGGUUCCUCUGGGGGAAGGAUGUCCCUGACCAUUGUUCAGGGUCCUGAGGUAAAGGACAGCUAGAACAAUAGCCUUUUAAUUUUACCCAGGAAUUUUUUGACAACAUUAUAUGUGAUAUUCUUAUAUUGUUCUUUAGGAGCUAUCCGAGUGCUAUUCUGGUUAAACAUUUACUUUCAAAAUAUUUUAAUAGAUCAUUUUCCCUUUGGCUGUUUAGGCCACAGCUUUGAAACCCAGCAAAGGAAUUCUGGGUUUGUAAACAGUAUUAUGGGUCAUACUUCAUUUAUGGUAAGGCUGUCCGUACUGCUUUAGUUUAUAUUCUUGUUCAGGAAUUAAGGAAUAAUGUGAUCCCUUCUGAAGAUGGGAAUUAGGAAGUCACUAAGGUACUUACAAUGCCUAUCAGUGUUUUAUAGUAUAAUUAUAGAGAGUCAGCCCACAGGUGUGUAAUAAGGGUAAUUAGUACCUUGCUUGAGUUAAUUGGUUUAAACUGUGCUGUUUGGCCCUAACGUAAUUAGAAGGUCCUCUGUGAAGGUCAUGCCUGUUUUCUUAUGUGUGUAAGGUAGAAGACUAUAAUAAAGAUGUACUGAAGCCUCAAGAAUUAAUAAUUUUAGUGGGAGACAGAAUUAUAAUAUAGACCUAUUAUGAAUGACAGAAAUUUAAGUUCAUUACAGUUGCAUUCUGAAUAUGGAAGUAAUUUGAAACAAUUAAAACAUUUUGCUAAAUAGAGGUCAUCUUUAUCUGCUUUAAGUUACUGGCUAAAAAUUUGUUCUUCUAUUUGCUUAGAGUGUUUAUUUCCUUUGAAAGGCUAAACAUGGCAGCAAUUUACCAAAAUUCAGCUGGCUUCAUGGGGAUCUGUCCUAAGUGUGACCUAGAGGAAUAUUUGUAGGUGGACUUACGAUACCAUGUUGCAUUUCACUCCCACUUGGGUUUCUCGGAAUGAAAAUGCUCCUUAUUAAAUAACAGACUCAGGUGGGAAGGGUGUGUCCUGUAUUUUAUUACACUAAGACUGGAGGCCUAAGUCAUGGGGAUGAAAGAGUGGCUUCUGUGGAGCUUCAGUGACAUGCUGCAACUUUUCAUCAUCUUUCUUAUUCACACUACCACCUUUAGAGUUGGUCUCUCUUAAUACCUUGUGUCUAAGAGUAACUAGUGCAUUUCAGCUCAGGCCUCAGUUCCCUAGUGAAGAGGGAGGGUUUAGGUGUAGACAGACCUGGCUUCUCCAUAUCUGUGUCAACCUUACUUGUAAAGUUAGGUCAUAAUUGUUCUUCUUAAAGGGUUGCCCUGAUUAUUAAUUCUAACAAAUGAUACAGAAGCCCAGAAAGCAUUAAGCACACUGCUUGACAUAUACUAAGCUCUCAAUAAAUAUGAAUAUCCUUAGAGACAAGUCCUAGAUAGGAUUUUAUUUGACAACUUAUUGUAUAUAUGCCAGGCCUAGGGGAUGAAGUUCUUUGUCACCCAAUUUUUGAAUACCUCUGUAAUGAUUAAACAUGCAUGAUCUCUUCCCUUGGAGUAUAAAGGUCAACAAAGAGAGUGCCACAGCAGCUAGGGCCCUCAGCCACCUGGGAUUGUCGAGGCCUCCCGCAGUCAUUUGGCACUUGCACAGAGCUCAGGACAGCAGUGUCUGAUGACUGCUGUCUUUGCUGUGCUGUUGGGAGACCCGUGCAGUAGUACCUGGCCCUUCUUCCUACUCCCGCCUCCCCCAGACCAGCAAGGACACAGUAGUGAUCGAAUGAAACUCAUCAAGUCCCUACCUCUUCACCCCUUGCCAAUGUAACUAUGGUGGUAAAUGAAACUGUUACCUUUAACAAAAGGGCAUUCUUUGGAAAAAUGUAAUAGAAGUGUAAUAGAGAUUGUACAAUUGAAGCUUUGUGCUCACUGAUCUAAGGAUUUUCCAAUAGAAAAUACUGAUUCAUAUGUAUUUUCUAAAGGAAAUAAGAGUGAUAUUGAUAUAAAUAAGCUAAAUUACAUCACUUCUCACUUCUCAUUAAGCUUUCCUGCAUUGGAAGG